CUCGCCAAGAGCUCAGAUCUGAAAGAGGAAAUCCGAAAAUCAGGAAAUCAAACCCCCAAGUGUAAUUUUUACGUAACUUUUGCGACGCCAUGGCCAUUCCAUUCUUCGAAGACGAGCAUGUCUCCAAGUCCGAGCCCAGCGGCGACCAGGUGGAUAGUCCCAUGGCCUUCUCCAUUGAUCCCGGACACGACCAGGUGGACUUCGAAGGACCUCCAACUCCGGCGGCACAGCAAGUACCAGGAGCAAGUGCAACAAGUGAGCCAGUAGCAGCCGCUCCCAGCGCCGAGGAGCAACUGCUGGCCUGGAAAAUCCUGGCCAUUGCCAUGUGCAAGGUCCUCAAGCAGUUCUACCAACAGCACAAGGCGGCGGGAAAAUCCAGCAAGUUGAAGGCCACCAUUCAGGUUCAGCCGCAGGCGCAGUAAAUAACAGAAAGAAAAAAAAAGAAAAACACCAACUAAGGCUCCUAAAAGCGCAACUUGUGAUUACUUUACGUUGGUGAGAACUAGCGCAGCCCCCUCGAAAAUCCCCCGAGAGAGAGCUAGACAGUGACAGAGAAAUGUGAAUCAAUUUCCCAAGGAAAAACCCAGAAAAAAAUUAAUCAUUUUUUAACCAUGUAUUUUCUUUGUCGGAAAUUAUUCCCGCCAAUGAUUUCUAAAUUGCCGUCGCGAUGCAAAACUAAACUUUGGAUAAGCGCAAAUGUGAUAAAUAAUUUUGCUAAAAAUUAUUCCAGUCCAAAUAUUUGUUUAGUAAGCCCAACUUUAUAUAAUUUAACGAAUUAGUUAAGCUAAGUUCUCUUACAAGGUCGGUCCAGUGCAAAGGCAUACAAAAAGCAAAGGUCCCAAAACGAAAGAAAUUCUGGAAAAGAUAUAGAGUCUAAAUUUUGUAAGCAGCAGCUAGUUUUCAAGCAGAAACCAACUUAGUUGAUAAGCCAAACUUUUCUAUAUAUACUAUAUCUACAUCUACGAAUAGUUACGAUGACUUUUUUACAAGCAACUCUCUUGGUGUCUAUUUAUGGGUAAAAUUGUAAUGUUUCAACUUCCUAGGUAGAAUGCUUCUUCAACUUAGCGAAUAGUUAUGGAAAUAUAUAUAUUUUUAAAAAUAAACCAAAACAUAUAUAUAUUUUUAUAUUUACUUUGCCGUCGAUGUGUAAGCUGUGCGUGUGUGUGUCAAUUUAGUUACUAGUUCCGUAAUCUAAGCAAUAUAUUUAUAUGUGGCUAAGACUCGACAUGAGAGUAGGGACGCAUUUUGGCGUCACGAGCAUAAACAUAGUACAAGUUCAAAAGUAGAAAUAUUUACAUCCAUUACUAAUAAUCCCAGUAAACACAAAACUAAUUAUUGUUUAAGUAAUUUAAAUGUAAACUAAGCUAAGUAAACCAA